AGGUUCGUCUAUAUCCCUGGCUCUGGCUACCAUAACCUCUUCCCUCAUCCUCCUCCUCUUUAUCCGGCUCCGGAAAUCUCCGAACCAGACCUGGGGUGGGUGGAGCCUGGACGGACUGAGGGGGUGGGGUCAAUUCAUUCGUCUCGGCGUUCCCGGCCUCCUCAUGAUCUGUUUCGAAUGGUGGUCUUUCGAAAUUGCGGCAUUUGUGACCGGCACGAUUAGUAACACUCAGCUGGCUAUUUACACCAUCGUGCUCCAGAUACUCAGUCUCAACUUUAUGUUGCCGUACGGAGUCAGCAUGGCCGUGACUGUGAGAGUGGGCAACGAAUUGGGCGCAGGGAAUCCACAGAGAGCCAAACAAGCCACAUACACCGCCUUUGGAAUCAUAUUGGUUCAGUCGGCCCUCGUGAUGGUGUUUUUGGCAACGACGAGAAAUGUCCUAGGUUGGAUCUUCACCCGAGAUCAGGAUGUGAUAGAGGGUGUUGGGGAAGUGAUACUUGCAAUCAUACCACUUUUGCUGACCGACAGUCUCCAGGGUAUGAUGCAAGGUGUGCUGAGAGGAACUGGGAAGCAAUUGAGUGGUGCCCUGAUCAAUUUUGUCUCGUAUUACAUCAUCGGUUUACCCAUGGGGGCGACCCUGGCAAUCAUAGCUGGAAUGGGAGCACUGGGCAUGUGGGUUGGACUCCUCGUGGGUUCCGUUACUCAGGCGACCUGCUAUAUUGUGUUGGUAAUUAUUCUCAAAUGGGACAAGGAAUCACUUGAGGCAAUAAAGAGAGCACAAAGCGCAAGCGUUUCAACUGAUGCGUCGUCAUCGUCAGACACUCAGUCGGUCGGCUCCAGUGUCAGUACGGCAAUGGAGGACGUGGAGGGAGAGAGGGAGAGAGACAGAGAACGUAUGGUCUUUAGAGAUUUCACUGCUGGCAAUGGGCUUGAGAGCGAAAAAGCCCAUUCUGGGAUGUUAGUAGAAGAGUUACCCCUAAUCUCAAUGGACGAAGAAAAAGAAUUAGCAUCAACUGAACAAGAUCCAGAAUUUCUUUCACAAGCUACAGUCAGUAAUGGGAGAAGUCACAACAUCUCCAACAUGACAUUUCUCAGAGACCUACAUGAACGUAGUAGUGGGGCGAGCGGAUGGAUAAAGUGGUCCCCAAAGUCAAGACUUGUUCUGUCUAGAUUGGCUCUGCUGGUGGUGGGAGUGGCCCUGCUGGUGCUAGGUGGCCUAGCAGGUCAAUACCGCCCCCACAGACCACUCUCUGAAUACUGUCCCUGUACUGACAUGUCCGGGAACGGUACCGAGGUACGGGCAUGUUGGAAUGAGACAGCCAACCCACAGGAUCCGGUGUCUUGGACUGCGACACUGUCUCCAAACUCAUCUGCAACUGUUCGUUACCCAGGGAGCACCCAUUUAAUGUACCCCACAUCUACUCCAUUAGUCUAACAUAGCAAGGUCGUGGUUCACAUUUUAUCAGAAUGAUCCGACCUUUAUUGAUUUUAUCAGAAUUCGACUAGCGCAUGCGCAAUAUUGUUUUCAACAUAAAGUUAUAAUGUAUAAAUCGAUAAACAGUGGAUGAUAUCUUAUAUAAAACCUGAACCAAGAAAAAUGUUUGUAAAGUUGCAUCAUAAUAAUAGUUGGGUGCACAUCAAUGAAGUACAUAAUUAUAUAGAACAUGGUUGUGAAUAGAAUAAAAACCAGUUUAUCUCGUUUCUCUGAAUUGUCUGGCCCGUUUGGUGGCCCCCUGUCUUGAAUUGAGGGUGGGGUUUAGGGUCUGGAUCCCAGAACGUAGCUUGGUCAUGUGACCAACCUUUGUGAACCCCAGCUCCUGCAGACGGAAUGAGACAUGGGAGUAUGGAAUACGAGGGAAUGAAGUAUGGUGACAUGGGAGUAUGGAACUGUGAUGGAAUAAAGUAUGGAACUAUGAAGGAAUGAAUUGUGGAGACAUGGGAGUAUGGAAUGCCAGAGAAUGGAAGUAUGGAAUAGAGGUGUGUGGGAAUGAGAGAAUGAGAUCUAACCAGAAUAUCCUUGGUCUGGAGGUCAAGGAGAGCAGGGCCGGUGAUGCCGUUGGAGUGAAUGACAGAGUCGUAGUCACUGAGUCCCAGGAGACCCAGCCAUGAACACACCUCAUCACAUCCCCACUCACUCACCUCUGCCGUAAGAGAAGAAAGGGUUAAAACAGUAAUAGAGGUGAGAGGAAAAAACCAGUAAUAGAGGUGAGAGGAAAGGGUUAAACCAGUAAUAGAGGUGAGAGGAAAGGGUUAAACCACCGAAAAUACUAAACGGCAGAAAAUCACUUUUUUGUGACCAAUCAUUCAUCUAUGCAUGUAAACAGCCAGGUUGCAAGGCAAAAAGAAAAGUUCCACAGAAAAAGCCGCCCUUAGUUGGAUUUAAACCAUAACUUAUGAGGACAGGAAUCACCCAUUUUCACAAGAGUUAUCUACUACUAACUUGCGGAAAGUUUUCCACUACAAAUCUUUCACAGGAUCUCCCUCACCUUUGCCAAUCUUGUUUAUGUACCAGUCGGCGUUGAGUGUUGGGUCUGUGUGCAUGCAGGCGGCCCUGCCUCUGUGGGCAGUGGAAGGCGACGUCUGCUGAGUCGUGUGGCCACGAAGCCCCGUAGGCUCCGAGGCACGCCGAUAGUUGUUACCCUAUCAGGAAGAGGUCAAGUGUAAUAAUGCAAGACUGAAUUACCAGACAAUUAAGAAGUUCAAAAAAUAAAACUUUUUUGCCCGAUUUUCUGCAAUAG